AUGGAAGAUGCUGUCUUUGAUGUGGAGAUGAAUUUGGAGAGUCUGUCUUUGUGUGGAAUCCUGGCAGGGGAUCACGGGCUUAGCUUUCUCUGGAGAAACUGUAAGAAUGUUAAGAAACUGCAGCUGACGAGCUGCGAGAGUAUUGGAGAUUACUCCUCGUUUUCGAGGUUUCUCAAGUGCUUAAGUGGUCUUCAAGAACUGGAAUUAACAACUUGUCGGAGCAUAAUCGAUGUGGUUUUGUUGAAUUUGGCUGAAACUUGUGUUUCUCUCGAUUCUUUGUUGAUUUAUGAUGGUGGUAGCAGAGAGGGUUUGCUUCAAUUCAUUAACCAGAGCAGGUGUAGUCUGAGAAGGCUUGAUUUGAGGUUGCCCCUUGAUCUUGAUAACUCCCAUUUGAUCGCCUUGUCCGAGAAUUUGAACUUCAGGGGCUUGGUAAGUUUAAGGCUGCAAAGUUGCUGUCUUGUUAGUGGUGAGGGGUUAAAGGCUUUUGGGAGGGCAGUAGCUGAUAGCCUUGAGGAGCUUGCCUUAAUUAACUGUGAUGUAGUCCAGAGAGAACCUGGUUUAUUAACAACGUUAGGACAGAGCUUGAAGAAGCUGAGAAAAUUGGACUUGUCUUAUAAUGAUAUGCUGCUUGAUAAAGAGCUUGCGUCGAUGCUCGUCUCAUGUAAUUGCUUGGUUGAACUGAAACUGAGGGGUUGCGGUAGGUUAACUAACGCAACUUUAGGUUCGAUGAUCAGAAGCCGUAAUCAGUUGCAAUAUAUUGAUAUAAAGCAUUGCUGUGGGAUUGAGGUGGACGGAGUUGAAUUUUUCGUUUUGAAUGCUCCGCGAUUGAGACGAGUGGAGGUGGAGCAGAGCAAACUGUGUGAAGUUGCUAGAAGAUGGGCAUGGAAUAAGUUUAUAGAGGUUGUAUACUGA